AUGGAUCGCGCCCGAUUUCAAAGCAUCAGUGACGCAGUGGUAUUCAGCUUCGAGCAAAAUUUGAAGACACACGGGGAAGGGCGCUCUUCCCUGCCGAUGAUGCCAGUAGCUUCAAGUAUUCCAGGGAGGGACAAGGCUGCAGCUUGGCGAGCCGGGUCUGUUUUAGCGGCUGCGUUGGGUCGCCGCUGUAAGGUCGCAUUCCAGGCCGGAGAGAAUGUUACUGAUAUUCACAUAGACCAGACAGCCUGGCCGUUGGAGAAAUACGAACAUGUGCCUGGAAAAGGCCGUGCCUUGAACGAUGAGAGACGGGAGGAAGAUCUCGCAGAGAUAUUUCCACCGAUCGAGCCGAAAAUACCUGACGGGUCGCUGCCCAUCGUGGAGGACAAACCCUUUGUGAUUACCGAUUCCGAAGAUUUUAUCCUGUGCUGCGUCAGCUGCCGUCCAACUUGGUUUAACGAAAAGCAGGAGGACAUAAUCCAGGCACGCUCGGCCUACGGUGAAGCCGGCGGCCUCCACAUUUCGACCGAUGAAUCAGUCUGGCGCUGUGGCCCAAAGCUGUUCAACCUCGAUGCAAAGAAUUCCAAUCCGGGCAUCAAAUCUCACGCCGGGCAGCAGUUCUUGUCCCCUGCUGCCAUACCCCAAGGCACUUCGCUUCGAAAAAACAUUGCCGAAACGAAGUCCUACUCAGAGAAUGGCACGUCCGCAUGGCUUCAAAGCAUGGCACGCGCUGGUGCUGUUUUCGAUGGGAUCAUGCGCGUCACCUGCCCGGCUCAGCAUUGCGCACUACGCGCCGAGCUAGAUGAACUUGCCAGACGCGAACCCGAGACCGCGGGCCUCUGGUGUUUCCCCACACAGGCAUGCCACCUCAUUUCCAAUCGGGAGACGAUAUUCCAUUGUGACACGGGGGAUGGCAGUCUCUUCUACGACAUGGUCGCCACUGUUGGUGACUAUGGAAGGGGGGCAUACAUGGGCUAUCAGUCUCUCGGUUUCGCGGCGCCAUACAACAGCGGCAACGCGCAAGUUUUCCUGGCCAAGCACCUCUCACAUGGCGUUCCCGAGGUCUCCGGUGAUCGGGUUUGCAUCGCGCUUUUCUGUCAGAGGGGAGUGUUGAAAGCAUGGGGCAUUGACCAAGCUGGCAAGGAAUAUUUUCCCCUUCGGGUAGAUGACUUCGUUGUUGCGUCCGGGUUGUAA